AUGGGUGACCUACUGGGAAGUUGGAAAAUUUGCGAUAUUUGCGGGUCAGUGCGGAAGAUCAACAACUCAAUAUCUUCAUGGAUCCCUUCUAUUUUUCAACCAUUAGAAGCCAACAUCUAUCCACGCCCUUCCGCACUUAAAGUACAAGACUCUCACAAAAUUAAAAAACCACCGCUACCUCCACCUCAACGGCCAGUGAUCAUCUACGCCAUCUCUCCAAAAAUCAUCCACACCAAAAAAUCUAAAUUCAUGGUUGUCGUUCAACGACUAACCAGACUCUCAUCGUGUAACUUCUCCGCCGGAGACGGUCAAAUAUCGCCAUUAUCAAGAUUAGUUGCAACGGAGAAAGUAAGCCUAGGAAAAAGAAGUAACAUCAUUAACAAAAAAAGUUUUCGGAACAAAAAACCCUUUGUUUCUCUAGUAGAGAAGAAAGAGAAGGAGUUGAAAAUUGAAGAAGAAGAUAAUAAGUACUGGACACAUGCAAUUAGUUUCUUUUUUUGUUUAGCACGUGGAAGCAAGGGAAUUAGUGGGUACAAAAUGAAAUAAAUUGUCCACCUCGGCUAAUUAAUAUUGUUGGUAUUUUAGAAAAUAAACACCGCAUUUAUAAUUUAUGCGUAAUUUUCUCUAAUUUGUAUCUCUAACACCGAAAAAUAGUGUUAGAAACAUUUUCAGCAUAUCUUAUCUCAU